AUGUCCAUCGUGGUUGCAUUACCGCUACUGUAUUUGGCCUCUCUGCUGCGGCCCGACGCCAGCUUUACCCGGAUGAUCCCCACUCACCACCCCUACAUAACGCACUACCUCAAAUACGAAGACAUACUUCGUCCGCAGAGCAAUGUUCUGCGCGUGGUGGUGGAAAGCACUAACGGUGAGGACAUUUUUACGCAGUCCUACAUGGAAACGCUUCAUAAAGUCACCGAUCGUAUUUUCUAUAUUCCGGGCGUCGAUCGAGGCAACCUGAAAUCGCUAUGGACGCCCAAUUCAAAGUGGUCGGAAGUCACCACCGACGGUGUUCGGGCUGGGCGGAUUAUUCCAGACACCUACAAAGGCGAUGCGCCGUCACUAGUCCAACUACGGCAAAAUAUUCUUCGCGCCAACAUGCUGGGCAGCCUGGUCGCUAACGACUUCAAGUCCACCGUCAUCUUGGUGCCACUGCUCGAGCAAGAUCCUCAGACCGGCAAGCCACUGGACUACGGCAAGUUGACGCAAGCGCUGGAAGUUGAGGUCCGCGAGGCAUUUGACGGUCACGGCGUGCAGAUACGGGUGAUCGGGUUUGCCCAGAUCAUCGGUGACUUGCUGGCAGCGGCCGCAGACGUUGCGCUGUUCUUCGCUAUUACCGUACUGCUGAUCAGCGCCGUGCUCUACGGCUAUUGCCGUUGCUGGCGAAGCACGGUGGUUACGGUGCUCAUUUGCCUGGUGACGGUGGUCUGCCAGUUGGGCUUGCUCAAUUUGCUAGGCCUGGGAUUGGACCCCUAUUCGAUUUUGGUGCCCUUUCUCAUUUUCGCCAUUGGCAUCAGCCACGCCGUGCAAAACAUCAAUCUGAUGAUGAGUGAGAUGGCCUCAGGGGCAACCUCACUCGAAGCAUCGCGCAAAACGUUUCGCGCCCUAUUCAUACCCGGCGCCACCGCACUUUUGGCAGAUGCGGCGGGCUUCAUCACGUUGCUGGUGAUACGGGUCGGCGUUAUAGAACAGUUGGCAAUUGCCGCAACCAUCGGGGUGUUCGUUGCGUUGUUCACCAAGAUGUUCCUGCUUCCCGUCUUGAUGUCUUACGUUGGCAUCAGUCGAGGCGGGCUGCGCAAGCAACAAGCACGACUGAACUACUCAUGGCCGAUAUUCAGUCGCGUCUCCCGGGUAGUCGAGCCACGAUUUGCCUGGCCCUUGAUCGCUGUCAGCCUGUUGUUGUUGGCCUACGGUUAUGACGCUCGGCAGGACUUGAAGAUCGGAGACCUGAACCAGGGGGCGCCCGAGUUCCGGGCGGACUCGCGCUACAACCAAGACAACGCCUACCUGCUGGCUCACUACAGCACCAGCACCGAUGUGUACGUGGUGAUGCUUACUACGCCCAAGGAACAGUGCGUCCGCUUCCACGCAGCGGACCUUGCCAACCAGCUUGAACAGACACUUCGUGCGGUACCCGGCGUAGAGUCCGUUCAGUCGCUGUACCAAACCAUGCGAUUCAAUAUCGUGGCGCGCAACGAGGGCAACCCCAAGUGGGCCGAAUUUUCCCGAGAUAAGUUCGUCAUGAACUCCGCGCGCGCGGGCGUGACAUCAGAGUUGGUUGAUGCCAAUUGCAGCGUGGCCCCCAUUAGCAUUUACCUUGCCGACCAUAAGGCGGAAACGCUAACGCGGGUAGCCAGUGCGGUCAGCGAGUUUUCUGCAAAAUACUCGACGCCUGAUCUGCAAAUUCUGCAGGCCGCCGGCAACGCCGGUAUUGAGGCUGCCACCAACGAAGUCAUCGCGAGUUCCGAAACGCCGAUGUUGAUUUUGGUGUUUGCGAUUAUCAGCGCCGUAGUGUUGUGGGAGUUCCGCUCACUCAAAGUCACCCUUGCGCUGAUGGCCCCUCUCUACCUCGCCACUGUUCUGUGUGAGGCGGUCAUGGCCAAACUGGGGCUGGGGGUUAAAAUCGCCACACUCCCGGUCGUGGCGCUUGGCGUAGGCAUCGGGGUGGACUACGGCAUCUACCUCUACAGCCGAUUAGAGGGUUUCCUGAAGCAGGGAAUGGACAUGCGCACCGCUUACUUCCAGACGCUCAAGACUACCGGUAGCUCUGUUGCAUUUACCGGUCUUACCUUGGCUCUUGGCGUGUCGACGUGGAUCUAUUCGUCAAUAAAGUUUCAAGCGGAUAUGGGCUUGCUGCUCGUCUUUCUUUUCCUAUGGAACAUGCUAGGUGCGCUACUCCUAAUGCCUGCCCUUGCCGCGGUCCUGCAUCGUCGGAAGCGGUUGAGUAGC